AUGGCAGAGACAGCGCUCAGCCUGGCAAAGUCGAUCCUGGGCAGCGCCGUCAGCAAGGCGGCAUCAGCUGCCGGUACUGAGAUAAGCUUGCUGAUGGGCGUGCAGAAGGAGAUGUGGUUCAUCAAAGAUGAGCUAAAAACCAUGCAAGCAUUCCUGCAAGCUCCUGAAGUAACAGAGAAAAAGGACAAACUAGUGAAGGUUUGGGCAGAGCAAGUACGAGAUUUGUCCUAUGACACUGAAGAUUGCCUUGACGAGUUUAUGGUCCAUGUGGGGAGCCAUAGCUUGUCAAAACAGUUGUUGAAGCUCAAAGAUCGUCAUCGAAUAGCUGUCCAGAUUCGCAAUCUCAAAUCAAGAAUCGAAGAAGUGAGCAGCAGGAAUGCACGCUACAACUUAAUCAAGACAGAAUCCUCCAAUGUAUCUGAUGAUAUGGAUUCGAACAUGGAAGAUAUCCGCAAUAACUCAGCAAGCAACAUUGAUGAAGCAGAACUUGUGGGCUUUGCUUCACCUAAAAGAGAGUUGAUUGCUCUGAUUGAUGUCACCGCUAUGAACGGUCCAGCUAAGGUGAUAUGUGUGGUUGGCAUGGGUGGUUUAGGGAAGACUACUCUUGAAAGGAAAGCCUAUGAAAGCAAGGAGGAUACUCUGAAGAGCUUUCCUUAUAAUGCUUGGAUCACCGUGUCACAAUCAUUUUCUAGGAGGGGGAUGCUCCAAGACAUGAUCAAUCAAUUUUUUGGUGCUAAUGCAUUGAACGAUCUCUUGAAACAACUUGCAGGAAAAGUGUUGGAAGAGGGCCUUGCUAGCUACCUCAGAACAGAGCUUCAGGAUAAGAGGUACUUUAUUGUUUUUGACGACCUAUGGGAAAUAAAUCACUGGAAUUGGAUUAGUGGUAUUUCACUUCCUAGGUCAAAUAACAAAGGUAGUCGGAUAAUUGUUACUACCAGAGAUGCUGGCUUGGCAAGACAUUGUACUUCAGAAUUACUCAUCUACCACCUGAAACCCCUAGAAAUAGAUGACGCCAUAAAGUUGCUACAAAGAAAGACAAAAAUAGCACAUGAUGACAUGGACAAUGAUGAGAACCUGAGAACACUAGUUACAAAAGUAGUAAAGAAGUGUGGAUAUUUACCAUUGGCAAUACUCACAAUUGGAGGCGUUCUAGCCACUAAGAAGAUAGCAGAGUGGGAAAUUUUCUAUAAUAAGCUGCCUUCAGAGCUUGAAAGUAACCCAAGCCUUGAAGCAGUACGUAGGGUGGUGACCCUCAGCUACAACCACUUGCCCUCACAUCUUAAGCCAUGUUUUGUAUAUCUCAGCAUCUUCCCUGAGGAUUAUGAAAUCAAAAGAAGUCAUGUGGUAGAUAGAUGGAUAGCAGAAGGGUUUGUAAGAGCAAAGGUUGGGACAACCAUUGAUGAGGUUGGGAAAGAGUACUUUGAUGAGCUAAUCAGCCGGAGUAUGAUUCAAUCAUCAAGAUUCGGUAUAGAGGGAAAUGUCAAAACUUGUCGAGUUCAUGACAUCAUGCGUGAUAUCAUAGUCUCAAUUUCUAGAGAAGAAAAUUUUGUCCACUUAAUCCACAGUAAUGGAAUUAAUGUACCAGAGGAAAACUUCCGUCAUGUUGCAUACCACGACAGCAAGUGCCAAAAGGAAGGCAUGGAUUGGAGGCAUAUUCGAUCAUUAACUUUUUUUACUGAGGGGUCUGGUGGUGGGGAUCUGGAUCUCACACCUUCAAUUUCUACACCUAAGUUGAGGAUGCUACGAGUUUUGGAUUUAGUGGGUGGAAAUUUUAGAAUCACACAAGAUGGUAUAAAUAAGAUAGUGCUGCUGUGUCACCUGAAAUAUCUGAAUGUCAGGUCUUGGUCACGAAUCUAUUCACUUCCGAGUGGCAUUGGAAAUAUGCAAGGCCUGCAAAUUUUGGACAUGGGAUACAAUUAUAUUACAACUCUGCCAACGGAGAUCACUAAACUUCGAGAUCUCCGUAUCAUCCGCUGUAAUAGGAGAGGCUAUUCUUUUUUGGAUCCAGAUGAACCAGUGCGUUGUUUGUUUGCCACAUUGCGCCUGCCAAUAAUCCUAAUAGGUGAUUCAUAUAGACGUGCCAGAGCAAUUGGUGAUCUACACAUGGGCUGCUCUAGCGGUUGGUCCAGGACUGGUGGAGAUGGAGUGAGGGUUCCAAGAGGUAUUGGCAACUUAAAAGAGUUGCAGAUACUAGAGUCUGUGGACAUUAGAAGAACUAGCAGCAAAGCAGUUAAAGAGCUCGGGGAGCUGACCCGAUUAAGAAAAUUAGAUGUGGGAACAAAAGGGGUUUCCAAGAAGAAGUGUAAGAUACUUUGUGCGUCCAUUGAGAAGCUCUCUUCCCUUCGGUCUCUCAGUGUGACGGCCAGCGAACUACAGGAUAGAGGACUUGGAUGGUUGAUUUCUUCUACCUCCCCUCCUCCCCACCUGAGGAGCCUCAGUUUGUGUGGAUAUAUAGGAGAGAUGACCGACUGGUUCAUGAAUCUUACACACUUGGUGAAGAUUUUGUUUAUAGAUUGCCAGCUAAUGGAAGAUAAAACCAUGGAGAUACUUGGGAAGCUGCCAAAACUCAUGCGCCUCAAGUUUUACAGCGGUGCAUACCUUGGAGAGAAAUUAGUGUUUGGAACCAGAGCAUUCCUGAACCUCAGGGCAUUUGAGUUUGAGAUUUGGGGCGAUAUGGACCACCUGAAAGAGAUUAGAUUUGAGGAGGACACCUCCCCUCAGAUGGAAAGUAUAGACAUCAGGAGCUCAGAUUUGGAGUCAGGGAUUAUUGGUGUCAAGCACCUUCCAAGUCUCAAGGUGAUUGCACUCAGUUCAUCUAGGGUGGCGAGGCUCCGCAUGCUGGAAGAGGAAGUGAACGCACACUCGAAUCGUCCUGUCCUGUGGCUGUCACAUGACCGAAACAGGCAUGACCUGGGAGACGUUGAAGGAUCCAAUGUGGAGGUGGAAGCCACAGAAUCCAUUCCUGACGACGACACAAAGCGGUUGGUCCAAGACUGGUGGAGUUGGAGUGAGGGUUCCAAGAGGAAUUGGAAACCUAAAAGAGUUGGAGAUAUUAGAGUCUCUGUGGACAUUAGAAGAACUAGCAGCAAAGCAAUUGACGAGCUCGGGGAGCUGACCAGAUUAAGAAAAUUGGCCAUAGCAACAAAAGGGGUUUCCAAGAAAAAGUGUAAGAUACUUUGUGCAUCCAUUGAGAAGCUCUCUUCCCUUCGUUCUCUCAGUGUGGAGGGCCUGGAGGCCGACAAACACCAGGGUAGAGGACUUGGAUGGUUGAUUUCCACUUCCUCCCCUCCUCCCCACCUGAGUAGCCUCAGCUUAUCCGGAUAUAUUGGAGAGAUGACUGACUGGUUCCGGAACCUUACACAAUUGGUGAAGAUUUCCUUUAAGUGUAGCGAGCUAAAGGAAGAUAAAACCAUAAAGAUACUUGGGGAGCUCCCAAAACUGAUGCUCCUUCGAAUUGAUUACCGUGCAUACCUUGGAGAUAAAUUAGAGUUUGGAACCAAAGCGUUCCUGAACCUCAGGACUCUUCAGAUUUGGUGUAUGGAAGACCUGAAAGAGAUUAGCUUUGAGGAGGGCACCUCCCCUCAGAUGGAAAGGAUAGAAAUCGGGUACUGCAUUUUGAAGUCAGGGAUUAUUGGUGUCAAGCACCUUCCAAGGCUCAAGGUGAUAUUUCUCGAUUAUGCUUCCAAGGUGGCAAGGCUCCGCAUGCUGGAAGAGGAAGUGAACGCACACUCCAAUCAUCCUGUCCUGCGGCUGUCAGAGGACCGAAGCCACCAUGACCUGGUAGACGUUGAAGGAUCCGAUGUGGAGGUGGAAGCACUAACAACGACCGACAGGUCAGUGAACCCUGUGCAGUAG